GGUUCCGUCCUGCGCCAUUUUGAUGAAACAGCGAGGGGACGAGCAGCCCUCGAUCACCGAGAAGGAUUUUACGGAUUUAACUUGGAAGAUUCCCCCGGAUACACAUCUUUAGAUGUUCCACCGUGGAGAUGGACGCGAACAGAAGAGGAACAUUCGUGUGUUGACGCCCUAACUGAUGGAUUUUGAGAGAUUGUUCGACGGCUAACUUUGUUAGCAUUUUUAGCAUAGCAAGUGUUGAGCAAUGGACGUUAGCUAUUGUUAGCGUUGAGGCAGCGUUAGCUAAUCGCGAGGUGUAGCAUGUUAGCCUUGGCGUUAGCUUAGUCGCCGUUCGAACAUUUCAGCGGUAGAUUGCGGCUCCAGCCAUUAUCCUUUGAAGUUUAACGGACUUUUCGCGCGGUUUUUGAGGACUUUUUUUUGUUUGUUGCUGUGGCCUCCGUAGCGUUGGUUUGACUUUGAUAAAUAAGGAACUGUUCCAUGAAAGGCAUAACAUUACCACCAGGACUGCCGCGGAGGGAAGCCCAGGCCCACUGCUAGCUUCACUCGCGGGCUUGCAGCGUGGCGGCCCGGGCUUUCCACCAGGGACAUUUCACGACGGACUUGGGCCUCACUUAAAUCCCUUUCAGAGAAUAUUUGCCUCCCGCCACGUGGACUCUGUUGGAUUCGAUCGCACCCCGUCGUGUUUUAUCGGACUUGAAAGAACUUCCGGAGGCUCGCGGCGCCGCUUAACGGGGCUCUGGCCUCGCACCCUCCACUAUUUUUCUCCGGCGGUCAGAAGGACUCUGUCGCUGCUCUGCGACACGACCCCUUCCUCAUUUGAUUCCUCUCUUUGUCCACAGUGUUUCAGCGAAUAUAUAUAUAUAUAUAAAAAAGAAGGUUCACCCAUUAAACGUCACCAGAUUUAGCCUCCUGUGUUCAGUGUUGACGCUGUUGCCUUUUGUUAUCAUACCAGGCCUGUGUUUUUUUUUUUUUUCUCCUCCUCCUUUUUUCUCCCCCCUUGUGCUUGAUUGACUGAAGUGCUUAGACCUGUAAACAUGUCGUGUGUUCACUAUAAGUUUUCUUCCAAACUGGACUACAACACAGUCACUUUCGAUGGGCUGCACAUCACCCUGAACGAGCUCAAGCGGCAGAUCAUGGGCCGGGAGCGGCUCAAGGCCACGGACUGCGACCUGCAGAUCACCAAUGCGCAGACUCGAGAAGAAUACACAGACGAUGAAGCCCACAUCCCCAAACACUCGUCCGUGAUUGUGCGCCGCACUCCGCUGGGUGGAGUCAAACCAGCUGGCAGGACGUUCAUUGUAGAUCGUUCUGACACAGCUGUGGUGGGAUCUUCCAGACCCACGGACUCUUCUCCUUCUAUGUCCCUCGCCCAACUCGCCAAGACUGCUAACCUGGUUGACGCAAAUGCAUCAGAGGAAGACAAGAUUAAAGCCAUGAUGUCUCAGUCCAACCAUGAAUAUGACCCGAUACAUUAUUCCAAGAAGGCAGUUGGACCUCCACCCGCUCACUAUACCUGCUAUCGAUGUGGAAAGGCUGGUCACUACAUUAGGCAGUGCCCCAUGCUGAUGGUCCAGGAUAAGAGUGUGGAGCAGCCGAAGCCAGUGAGGAUAAGUAAGGGCAUUCCUCAGAGCUUCAUGGUGAAAGCGGAGCCAGGCACCAAAGGAGCCAUGUUAACCAGCACAGGAGAAUAUGCAAUACCUGCAAUAGAUGCGGAAGCAUAUGCACAAGGAAAGAAGGAGCGCCCUCCCUUUGUUCCACAUGACCAGUCGUCAUCCGAGGACGAUACGGACCCAAUCCCCGAUGAACUCCUGUGUCCAGUCUGCAACGACCUGAUGACGGACGCCGUCGUUAUACCCUGCUGCGGAAACAGCUACUGCGACGACUGUAUACGGACGGCCUUGUUGGACUCAGAGGAGCACAUCUGCUUCACAUGCAAACAGUCAGACGUUUCCCCUGAUAAUCUCAUUGCCAACAAGUUUCUUCGACAGGCCGUGAACAACUUUAAGAAUGAAACGGGAUACACCAAACAUGCACGGAAAGCGGUCCAACAUGCAGCCCUGCCACCGCCGCGCCCUCAGUUGGCCCGACCUCUGCACUCAAGACAGCAGGACCCUCUGCUGGCUAAUGUUACUCACCCACCCCCUACAAGUGUACCCACCGCUGCACCUCCAGCACCGAUCCAGCCCCCUGCACCUACUCCCACUCCUCCCGCUGCUGCCGCUUCUUCUCCUCCCACUCCUCCUCAAGCGGCUGCUGUGGAAGAUCGAGAGGCUUCACCGGCCCCUGCACCCCUUGCCGACCACCAUUCUCCUAUGCACUCCACCAGCCAGGGUGAACCACCCCCGCCUGGUGAAACCGAUCCAGAACCCACUGUGAAACCAGUCUCAGAAGCCCCCUCAGAAAGACGAUCAGGGGGCUACCAUUUAACCGUUAUUGGCCAUCCGCCACCUCCAAGGCCGCCUCAUCCAUCAGGUCACCAGCUGCGGCCCCAACACUCUCACAGAGGGGGAGGCCGACACUGGGAGAGAUCCUUCAGAGGUAGAGGGGACCACCCCCCUGCCCACCUUCAUUCAGCGCCCCUUCCUGCACCUAUUCCUCCAGUAUUCCCAUCUCCGUCUCUGUACCCACCCCCACCACAGCCCUACCCCCCUCUGUACACCUCUGGCCCAGGCCUCAUCCCCCCUCCUCCACUUGGUUACCAGCCCCAGCCUCUUUAUGGCCAUGGACCACCAGGGCUCAACCCUCCUUGGGUUGCCCCUGGUACCCAGCCCCCUUUAGCCCAUCUUGCACCCUCCCUAUCUCAGCCGCCUCUCUCGAAGGAAGAUUUCUACAGACAGCGGCUCAGGCAGGAUGGACCUACAUCCAAACUGGAUGAAUUCACUAAAGACUUCCACAAAGAGCUCAUGAAGUACAGAAAUCCACCGAAGAGGCGAAGACCGUCUUAUUCAAGGUCCCGGUCAUACAGUCGCUCUCCAUUUAGCCGUUCUCCUUACUCUCGCUCCAGAUCAAGAUCCAGAACCCGGUCCAGGUCUUACUCUUAUUCCCCAAGCCGCUCCCGUUCCCGUUCGCGCUCCCAUGGCCGGUCUUAUCCCCGCUCCCCCUAUUCCAGACGCAAUGGACGCAGUUAUGGACGCUCACGGACAAGGUCCCGCUCCCGCUCAAGGUCGUAUGGGUAUCGUCGGUCCGGCUCACCUCGGUCUCCUCCUGCCUUUCGGCCCGGAGGCUGGGAGGGACCUGAAGGAGCAGGACCCUUCAGGUCUAGGUCACGCUCCCCUGGUGCCUUCCGCAACCGGAGCCCUGGUGGACGGAAGCCCCCUCCUCGGGAGCUACCGCCAUAUGAACUAAAAGGACUAAGUCCUGGAGGCCAUGAGCGCUGGGAGAGGGAAAGGUAUCGACUGUGGGAAAAGGAGUACACCGACUGGUACAACAAAUACUACAAAGACUAUGACAACCAACAUCCGUCACUACAUCACAGAGGUCGUGGCAGCAGAGACAGGGAGCGAGAUAGAAUGUCCCCAUUACACAGAGAUUACUCCCCUCAGGGAAGAGGAAGAAGAGGCAGAGAAGAGAGGGGUGCUCCCUCUCACCAUCCCCCAUCCUCUUCCUCAUCGGGGAACAAGUCCAGUUCUAAAGUCCUUAAAACAAAGAAAUUAAAAAAGAAGAAGAACGGGGAUGAACCCGAGCCAUCGCAUCAGUCUGACAGAGGCGAUGCUACUCCUGUCAGAGAUGAACCCAUGGACGAAAUCCCCUCGCUCACUAAAACGCCUCCCACCUCCUCAAAACCUCCAUCUGUUGCCGGAGCUGCUAAAUCUCCAGCUUCAAAAAGUGCUGCUGCACCUACUAAGCCCCCGACCAAGGCCACGUCAAAGACCACAUCGCAGUCUGACAAAACGAAGAAAGAUAAGGGUCAGAAGGUCAAAGCCAAAGUGAGGACGGAGGCUGUGAAGCCAAAGAGCGAAAAGGUGAAGAAAAAGACGGAAGGAGUGGUCGUCAAAAAGAGAGACUCCUCAUCCUCCUCCUCCUCUGCCGCUAAAUCGUUAAAGCCGGUCAAAGCCAAGCCAGAAGAUGCUGUGAACUCAACAACCCCUAAAAAGGAAAAGAGUAAAAGCUCUGCAGUGAGGCCUCCCCUGCUUAAGACCCCUCCCCUGUCCUCCCAGAGCCUGCCUCUACCUCAUCCUUCGCUUCACGACAGCCAUCGACUCAGCCACGAUAUGCGAGGGAGAAGAGAUCUCCCGCUGAGUGGUGGUCCCUUUCACAUGGCUCAUCAACAUCAACAUCAACUCCCGCUCCUCCAUCGACCUCUCUCCCCGGUGGACAGUCGGAGGAGGAUGGGAGAGGAGGGCCGCUCUUUACUCGGACCUCCUCCUGGAAAGCUUCGGAGGAUAGAUGGGCUUGGGUCUCACCAGCCCCCUCUCCACAGACUCCCACUCUCCUCAGACAGACCCGGUCUUCUUCCCAUACCAGGGAGCCGCGAGAUGGGCCGAGGAGACGCCGAUCGAGGAACCAUCAGGCCUCUAAUGGACCUACCGAUGCCACUUGCCCAGAGGAGGAUCAAGUUGAACAGGGAUCUGGGGAGAAGGGGCAGCACUGAGACGGCUGUUUUAGACCGAGCGCCAAUGGGUCCUGAGAAGACGGCGUCCACCUCAGACCGGUCGGCCGCCUCUAACAUUUCUGACGGAGACAGAUCCAGCUGUACAACAGAAAGCGCCGGGAGAAAGGAGCGGUCUGCAUCUGCGGAGAGGAGAGCAGCGUUUAGAGAAAGACCCGGGAGUGCCGGAGAGAGACCGCAGGCCUCUGACCGAGAGCAGGACAGACCCUCAGGACUGGACAGAGAGCGAGACAGAGCUUCUGGGUCAGACAGGGACCGAGGUCUUGGUUCAGACCGAGAGAGGGACAGGGCCUCGGGGUCUAGCUCACAAAAAGUAGCAGUUACAGAGAGGGACGCUGAUGGAGAGAGGUCAGUGCGGACUGAACGAAAGAGCUCCAUUGGUGGAGGAGGAGGAGGGAGGUCCGUCUGUCUCGAUAAAGUGACCAUUGGCGAGAAAUCAGCUGUGACCAGGACACCGACAGACCACCAGGAGAAACCAAGCGUGUCCUCCAAGGAGAGAGGUGAAGGUUCAGAGAGAGCUGCUAAAUCUGACAGGAGUGUGUCCAAAGACAGAACAGAGAGGAGUGCAACAGAGAGGAGUGCAACAGAGAGGAGUGUCCCCUCGGAAGAGAAACCAGCUGCAGCAGCGAAAGAAGCAGUGAAAGAUGGUGAGUGCUCGGUUGUGAAGAGCAAACCCAAGAUCAGCCGAAAGGUUCUGGCGAGCCACAGCUCGACGAGCUCCACCAGGUCAUCAGAGCCAAAGCGAAGCUCAGAGAAAGACCAGAAGAGCGUUCCUUCUAAACCUGCAGAGCUGCCACCGUCCAGCCCCGUGAUCAGCCGCGGCCGCAGCCCAAGUGUCAGCCCGGUGGCCAGCCUCGUCAGGGAGGAGCCACUCAUUCAGCCACCUCCUCGCUCCAAGUGGGAGAGAGAGGAUGACGAAGAGGGGCAGGAAAAUGGAGUGAGUGCACCCAAGGAGCCCUCACCCCUGCCUCAGAGGACCCGAGGAAGAGAGGGGCCGACUGAGGCACCUAAACCUGUCAAGAGCGAAGGCCGGGAUUCCUCAAGGGAGGAGAAAAGAGGAGGAGGAGGAGGAGGAGGAGGAGUAGUAGUGAGGGAGGAGAAGAAAAUGAGAGCACCAAGGGAAGAGGGAAAGGUUGGCAGGGGGGCACCGGCAAAUUCUGACAAACCAACCAAAACAAAAAUGGUGAGGGAGGAAGGGAGAGCGGUGAGAGAGGAAGGGAGAUCUGCAGCGAGAGAGGAGGCGAGAGGAGUGACAGGGAAGGAGGAGAGAGGUGGAGGAUGCCGAGAUGAGAGUCGUGGCCCGGAGCCCAGGAGACAACGGCUGUGUUCUGACCUGGGCCGGGAGACGGACGAGGCCGCGUUCGUGCCAGACUACAGCGAAGGCGAAGGCUCCGAGCCGGAGAGAGGAAGGAGCGGCAGCGGCAGCCCGUCCGCCAGCCAGGCUUCCGGCAGCCCCACCCAGAGCAACCCCAGCGACUCGGCAACCGCCGCCGACAAGAAGAAGAAGAAACACAAGAAACAUAAGAAACACAAGAAGCACAAGAAGCACAGCAGUCAGGAAAAGGGAGAACAUAAGGAUCACAAGCACAAGCACAAGAAAAAGAAACACAAAAAGAACAAAGACAAGGAUGCGGAGGAAGAGGAGGAGAAGACGGAGAAAGUGGAAGAGGAGGCUCCGUGCUAACGGGGCGAAGCAAAGUCCGCUGGACAAGAUUUGAAAACCUCCUCCUGAAUAAGGAGCGUAGGACUUUGUCCAUGGCACUGAUGGAGGGGCUUUGUCUCUUUGUCCCUGCAGCUUUCCAAACCUCCACGGCUCUUUGUUGUGUCUGGACUGCUGCAGCAAGAGGCACUGCUCAGGCUUCUGUAAUGUUUUUUUUUACGGGAACCUCUGUGGUGACCCUGGGUCAAAAUAAAAAACCCAGGAGCGAUUUUGUGCUGCACUAUUGUGAUCAACCAACCAGAGGACGUGGUGAUGAUGGUAAUGACCGAUCACACUGCAGUGAAUCUAAAUUAAAGGAGUAACAAACUGUACUCAGGGAUGUGAUUGCCUCUUUGCGGAGGAGGAAUUGUCGUUUCUCUGCCUCCGAUUAAUUUGUAAAUAGAGAUUAAUUGUUGCUUCACAUAAUAAUUUUUCCUCCCGUUUGUUUUGCGCACCGCCCAGUACUGCUCAAGGCUUGAAUACUGGAGAACCUUCAGUGUGACGCUGUUGUAAGCUCUUUUUGAUGAACCGCACUAGCAGUUUGCAUGUUUUAGCACAUUAACCUGAGUACAAACUGUAAACCUUCCUUUACUGCUAACCACUUUCAAUGUUGGUUCAUCUCUUUAUUUGUGCAACAAUAUUCUUUUCAGUCAUUUCAUUCUCGGAUAUCUUAAGAAAUGUUCCUACCACACUUGACAUCUAUCUGGGGGAUUGUGAAACUCUUGGUUAGCAGUAAAGUAUGUAUGUGAUUUAAUGGGCUAACAUUUGCAAAAUUCACCAGUAUUUUUUCUUUAACUUAAAGCAGACCUCGACGCGUUCGUGCUUCACUGGAUUGUGUAAAUCUAGGGUGUGUUAUUAUGUAAAAUCAGUCUGCAUGUUUUAUGUUCCAGAGGUGCAGUAGCUGUCUUAUCACGUUAAUGUGAGCGAGUGAAUGUGUGAUGGUUUGAAAGUGAAUCGGGAGAAACUGGGGGACUGAUGUUCUUAUAAAUGAGUUGUUCCUUCUUUUUUUUUUAAUAAAAAAGUUUUGACUUGAUGAAAACUA